GCUCCGCGCUGCCGCCGCGUAACGCGCCGUGCCGCCCCGCACGGACCCCCCCCCCCCCUCCAACCCGGCCGGCUCCGGUAGGCGGCCAUGGCCUCCAAAGUGCUGCGGGCGGUGGUGUUGGGCCCCCCCGGCUCGGGGAAGGGGACGGUGUGCGAGAGGAUCGCCCGCAGCUUCGGGCUGCAGCACCUCUCCAGCGGCCAAUUCCUGCGACAGAGUCUGCACGGCGGCGGCGAAGUUGGCGUCUUGGCAAAGCAGUACCUCGAGAGAGGCCUUCUGGUGCCCGACCACGUCAUCACACGCGUGAUGAUGACGGAGCUGGAGAAGCGGCGAGCGGAGCAUUGGCUGCUUGAUGGUUUCCCGCGGACGCUGGGGCAAGCUGAGGCACUGGACAGGAUCUGUGAGCUGGACCUGGUGAUCAGCCUGCACAUCCCCUUCGAGACGCUGAAGGAUCGUCUGAGCGCCCGAUGGAUCCACCCAGCGAGCGGACGGGUCUACAACAUGGAGUUCAACCCUCCUCAUGUGCACGGCAUUGAUGACGUGACUGGUGAGCCGCUGAUCCAGCGUGAGGAUGAUAAACCUGAGGCUGUCACUGCCCGGCUCAGAAAGUACAAAGAUGCUGCAAAGCCAGUGAUAGAGUUAUACAAGAGCAGGGGUAUCCUGCACUCAUUUUCGGGGACAGAGACCAACAAGAUCUGGCCGUACGUGUACGCUCUGCUGUCCAACAGGAUCCCUCCCCUGCGCUCAGAAGAGGAGCACUAAGCAGCUUGGGCCAGGGACCAGGAGUUGGUGUGAUCGCUGCUUGGUUUCUCUGCACGGUGCUGGAGCUGUGCUCAAAUUAGGCAAUCAUGCAGUACCACCCCCAGGUGUGCUGGGAAACAGCUGUGGGAACACAGUUAGAACCAGUAUCCAGCUGAAAAGAUCUAUGCUUAUAAGGUCAAGACUGCUAGAAUAAGUGUUAUUUCUUCUGAGGCUAGAAAAUAUUCCUGCCUGUGAUCCAACCACACAGAUCAGUGAUGCAAACCUAGGUCAUGAUUCUUUCAGGUUUACACAACUUGCUGUGAUCUCCCUGCCAUCCCCGUAUGAAACACCAGCCUCUAAGCCUACAAUGUGCCAUUCCAUUGCCCGACAGUACUGUUUACCACAAAUCUCUCUGUCGUCGUCUUUUAUUAAGAAUUAUUUUCUAUUAAAUUUAUUUCUUAGAGAAAUAAAGCUCUAAAGUGCAGGGCUUCAGCCUGGUGGGAACUGGUGAGGAAUACAGAAAACAUUUACAGAUCAGAAUGUGAAGAUCACGUUUCCAAUAACAGUAGAAUAAAAGAGGGAAAACAUAGGAGGUAGAAUGCAUACUUCGUGCUUUUCCCAUAAGGAGAGAUGAAGAGAACAGUAGAAAAAGCUGCUACAUGUUCUACUUGUCAUGAGCAGGUGUGAUGUAGAGCAGGAAGGUGAGCAGGCCUUGUGCUUAUUUGUGCUUACCUUGUCCAUAGCUUUCUAUACCACAAAAUAUGGUCCUGUUUCAAUAGCUUCUCCCAAAGAUUUUAACGUGUUUUGGUGAGAAACAAAGUCAUUCCUUGUUUUCUGCUGCCUUUGUCCUACUGGGAAGGGGCUGUCCCAAGGACGUGCCUCCUGCGGGGGGUUCACCUGCAGCAGCUGCAGGCUCUGGCAGUGCCGUCCUGCUGUCUGUCCCUGAUGUCUGUGAGGGCUGCCAAAGUGACCGCACCCCUUUCAGCAGUGCUGUGUGUGAACCUGCAUCUGUCUGGAACAGCUUUAGAGUGCUCCUGCUGCCCAGCAAUUGGUUUGCAAACAAGAUAAAGGCCGUGCUGGUGCUGUUCCAACCCCUGCACACAGGAGCUCUGGGCACAGGUCUAUGGGGACGCUCCCCCGGUCUCCUCCAGUUGCCUUAUUUUAUAGACUCUAUAUUUAAGAGAAUAAAAGAAAGCAAGGUGUGUAUUUUUUAAAGUUUAAAAACUAAAACUGAAUUUUAGCAUCUGCUUUGGAGAACGCUUUGCUGAGCUGCUUGCUGCAGUCUGCCAGACCGUGGGCAGGGAUGCAGGGAAGCUGUCACUGUCCUCUAUCCGUGCAGUCAAUUAGAGCAGCCUGGGCAGGUUCCUGUUGCUGGAAUGUCGCUGUGUUGUUGCUUGGAGAGCAGCUCCUGAGCAGGGCAGGGCGGACCAACUCCUUAGGGAAAUAUUUCUUUUAGGAUUUCUUUCUUUUGCCCUGGGAGUGCUUCUCUGAGCCACCAGCAGUUCUGCUGCUCACUGCUUGAGUUGGAGGCAGCUUUGCCCUCGCUUUCUCCUGAUAACACAGCCAGAAUCCAUUGCAGUCUCUCGCAGUGACAUCUCUGCCACUUGAGCUCUUGUUUCAGAGGCUCCGAGCUCUCCUGUAGAUGCAGAACCCCGCGGCCACGCAUCCCUCCAGCCCUCAGGACAGGUUUUUCUAUGAGUUGUACUGUGCACUUUGGUGGACCAAACCCUGGGCAGUGCAGCCCUCGCUCUCCCCUGCCCCUGUGCUGUGAAUCUCGUGCUUCCCGCAGCCUCAGCCGCACUGUAGGGACCAAAGGGCAGUGGGUGCCCACAUCCCAGUGUGUGACACUGAGUUUUGCCCCUGGAGUUUCCUCCCGGGGAUUCUCCUUUGCUGUGCUGCCGCUUGGAAGAUGUAAAUAAAUUUUUUCUCCUGCUUAUCCUCA